AUGCUGGGCCUCAGGCAUAGGGCGCUACAGUACGACAGCUCGGAAGAAUGGGUCGAUGACGAUGACAGGUGGACGGAGCUGGAUCCCGGCGACUGGAGGGACUGGGUGCACAUCGCCCUGACCGGGCUGUAUCAGCUUGUCGUGUUCAUGGCGGUCUUGCACCUGUGGAGGCAGCGCUCGUGGCCACCCUACUGCCCUCGGCAGAUAUCCCUCGUGUGCAUGACCGGUUUGGCGGGAAUCGUUGCCUACCUCGGUGCACUGGUCGCGGCCGGAGCGAUCAAGCGGCACUCGGGGGACCUUUUCGCCCAUUGUGGGUUGGACACCGUGUUCCACUACACCACCUGGGGUGUCUGGAUCUCCGUAGCCCUGGUUCGCGUGUACCGGAGUUGGAAGAUCCUCAUCAAGCACUCGGUGGACAUGUGGCCGCCGUGGGCCCAGGUGCUGCUGCUGACAGUCCCGUGGUGCAUUCCCGCCGUGGCGUACACCAUCGACGACGAACUGUCCCAGUUCAACGAAGUACGGAACUGGUGUGAGAUCUACCGGCCGAUCGACACCUUCACCUAUAUCUUGGGGUCCUCCCUGAUCGCUGGCGCCUUCGUGCUGGUGUACCAGAUGCGAAAAGUCCGCAAGCAGAUGAACGAGUACCACCUACAGGUUUUCCAGCUGACAUUCCUGCUCCUGACCGGCAGUGUGGUCUUCCCGCUCCAGCACCUCUUGCUCGACAAGAAUCACGAGAUCCGGAGGAUCUGGGUCCUUUACCACAACUUCUUGGACUCGUUGGUCCUCUUCUGGCCCCCUGUAGCCGAGCCCAUGUACCGGUACCUCACGGGGGACGUCUACUACCUCAACAGCUACACCCAAGGCUUCUCCACGCUCCCGACACCGGCUCAGAUGAAGGGCUCGUUGCGUGAUCAGCUCUCCAUCGACGAGCUCCGAACCGAGUUCCAGAAAUUCGCCGAGAACAGGAUGGCUAGAGAGCUGCCAGACUUCUACCAGGCGUGUCUGGACCGGGAUGAGAUCGAAGACUUUUUCGGCCGACAGGCCGCUACCACCGCCAUCAUCGAUAGGUUUAUUCGAUCCGGAUCGGAACAAGAGCUGAACAUCAGCGAUCGCAUCAGGAACAAAAUUCUAAACACUGAAAUCACGAGCUACAACAUCUUCAACGAAGCCAUGUCUGUGGCGAUGAACAUGAUGGACACGAACUUUAGCGCGGCGUUCAAGCGGAGCGAGGCCUACAAGCAGCUCGAGAGGAAUGUCCAAGACGAAGCGGAGGAGUUGGAGAGGCUCAAGAAGAUGAACCAGCUUCCGCCCAAAAAUCACGUCCCGACAGAGCCGAAGGGUUUUGUGAGGGUGUUUCGGCGGUUCUUUCCCCCGCCUCCCAGUGAGGCCUCUCUGAGAUCGGGUUCAUCGCGCUCGGACGGGAGCUUCGUGGGAGGGAGAGAGGUCUCCACGACGUCUUAUCAUCCUAGCGUGACUACGGAAUGUACUGCCAGGAUGAGCAUGAAGAUGAUGAGCAGUCGCAGCCUCUUGCCGCCCGAAAGCGGGCGGAAUGCGGGAGCAGGUGCGGCGGUAAGGGGGGACGAAAGCGAUCUCGAGGUGUGACGUUGAGCCAUGCGGUUCACUGCAUGAAUGCCAGGUUCGGACAAAAAACUCAACCUGUGAUGGCACCCAAUUAGCCAAGGAGGCCUUCUUUUGGGGGCCAAUGGAGACAAAACGUUUUGGUGGGAACAGACGGAGGCGGCUUUUCGCGGACCGUUUUUGUUCAUGUGAGGGAAGGAGGCUUUUUUUCGGGGGUCAAAUGAGGCGUGUACGUUUCUUGUGGCCAAAUGAUGCGUCUUGGACGGGACGAAGGAGGCGUUUUCCGGGGGGUGAGGUAGGUGUUUUUUUUUCGGGACACAUGAGGCAUUUUUCAAGCCGACGGAAUCAGGCGUUUCUUCGGGGGACGAAGGGAGGCGAUUGCAGGAGAUUGAAGUAGGGAGAGCAAAUUGUUUUAUCGUCGAUUCAUCAGUUUUAGAGUGUGACCCGGGCGAAGGAGCGUGUCUCCGCCUCGCGCUGGUAUUGUCAUUGCCUGGCGUGUCGUAAACACGGUGUUCAGUUCGUGGUUGCACCGAUCGUUGAGGAGAGUGGCGUUGCGUUCGCGCUAGGGACCAGGAAGGUCGCUCCUCUUGUCGCUAUGAUCAUUGAAAGGUUAUUUGCUGAAUAUGUUUUGAUUUCUUCGUUACAGAAACAUUACAAACUUGUCUUAAAUCCGUAGACGAGCUCGUGUGUCUUUUUUUUCUGUGGUGUUGCACUCGACAACAACGUAUAGGGCCGCGGCUAGAUCGUCGAUUCCCGGCAGAAAUUGAGAGAAUUUUUUAAUCGAAGGAGAUUGCGGUCCGCGCGCAGGCAGCACGAUUCACUGGUACGGCGGCCCACGGUUGAGUUUUUAGAAAGUAACAUAACCUCACAGGAAGACUACCCGGUUGAGUUUUGUUGGAUGGACGACCGACCGUACGGUAUGAAAACGGCGUACGGGAGAAUCGGCGGUUUUCGAUGUACACGUACGUCGGUACGGGAGGAUUUUCAUUGUUUUGUAUGAUUGUUUUUUGCGCGAUUAUCAAGAAUGUUAUCAGGUAAACAGUAAAUCGUACCAGAGCGUUACCCUUUGUCCCUACUCGCCGACUCUGGUUGCUCGAUUCGGGAAUAGAACUUCCCCGCACCGAGUGUGAGCUUGGGCGUCGAUUCCGAAGGUCGGCCCUCUGUUUCGUUCGUUGGUUCUGCUUCUCCCGGCCGGUUAGUAAACCGUACUGUAUGGUGUUUCUGUUUUCCGUGGUACGGGUGUCGGCGAGUCGCCGGGCGUGGCUUGUUGUGUUCUCGUCUUUUCCUUUUGUCCUCAUCAGGCUGGCCACACGGGGGGUUAGGGUUGGCGUUAGGGUUGGCGAUUCCCAACUUGUUGUCCGCAUUGUCCGUCCUUCGGCGUUGUUGCGGUUGAUUUCGUAGUGCCACACGCUAGACUAACAGUUUGGUGUCGAAAAUGUUGAUGCGCACCCUGUCUGCCUGUGUUGUAAGAGCUGCGAUUUGGAGCUGCCGGAAAUUACGAGAAAGAAACAUCGAAACGGGAUUUUGACGCCGUUUUGAUGCAUGUGAAGGAUAGUGUGCUCAAUAGACGUCUUCGGCGUGUGGCCACUUCGUUGUCGUUGUUGUUGUGAAUAUUUUCGUUGUGCCCGAAAGUUGUCCUACGUUUGUUUUACCUCCCACGCAUUGCGCUCGUGGGGGACGUACGUAUCAGUACCAUACCCGUUGUUUGUUGUAGUUUCGCGGAAGCCGCUAUUUUGUCCCCGGUGUUUUUUUUCGUCGACGCAGGUAUGGAAAUUCGGCGGAGCUGGGGGCUUCUCACUCAUGUCUGACGUCAGACCGAAAUAACUUCGCGAACGCGCCUAGAGCAGACUUUGGGAGCGCAGGGGGGGGGAGGGAGGUGGAGGGGGGGCGACGGUGCUGUUGAUUCAACAUAGGUGUAAUUCGUUCGGCCUACUGCAAUGGAGUCCGUCGUCGAGCCCCCAGAGGCAAUCAAUUUAUGGUAUUUUGUCGUAUGCGGGAGUAGGCGUUUUGGCCCGGGGAUGGUCUGUUGGUAUCCCCUCCCUGGAGAUGGAUGAUGAGAGCUGUGUGUGGGCCAUCGGUAGGUGGGUGCGUCACCCUGGUUGGUGCGAGAUGUAACGUAAGUUGUUCUUUGGUUGUGGUUCGAGAAUGUUGUGGCGUUUUGUAUAUCUAGGCGCGGGAGUGUUGGUAUGUAAGCGAAGUGACUUACCGUGAGGAGUAUAUAUGGGGGGCAGCAUUCGGCGGGACCGACAUUCCCUCGCGGACUCUCUGUGAUGAAGGAGGGGGGCGAGACUUGGCCGUGACAGGAUGCUUCGUGCGGGUCCUCUGUCUUCUCACGUGAUGUCGCUUGUAUAUUCGUCAUUCACGCAAGGUUGGGUGAGGAAUAGAUACGUGUAGGCAUCUCUGGUGUAGGAGUAACAUUACCGGUGCUGCUUGCGACGUUUGGUAUUACGGUGGAACAUAGUAGUCAGGACCAAAUUGGAAUAUUGUG